UCUUAUUUCUUUGCCUUUCACAUCCCUCAACUUGAUACAACGUCUCAUAUAGGUACACAUAGAACAGAGCAAUGAAGCAUAGUUACCCACAUCAAAAUCUCAAAAAUGGUGACCAUAAAAGCUUCUCACACUGUGGCUCCAAAUCAACCAACACCCCAAGGUCGAUUAUGGCUAUCUAACAGUGACCAAACCGCACGCCCAGCCCACACACCAAACCUUUACAUCUACAAAGCAAAACACAACAUCAUCGAAUAUGACAUUGAGAAAAUGAUAGACUCUCUUAGCAAAAUUUUGGUGCACUACUAUCCAGUAGCUGGCAGAUUGAGCGUAACAGAAAGUGGUCGAAUGGAAGUGGAUUGCAACGCAAAGGGAGUGACAUUGAUCGAAGCCGAAACCGCAAAAACAUUUGAUGAUUUUGGAGACUUCACACCCUCAGACUCCAUCAAGGAAGAACUUGUUCCAGUGAUUGAUUAUCACUCUCAACCUAUAGAAGAGAUUCCUUUGGUAUUAGUCCAAGUAACAAGAUUCAAAGGUGACCGAAAACAACAAGGCCUUGCCGUUGCAGUGGCUGUUUCUCAUCCUGUGGCUGAUGGGUAUGCUUGGAUUCACUUCAUCAACACAUGGGCAAAGGUUAAUAGAGGAGGCAUGUUAGAUCUUAAUGACAUGCCAUGUCUAGAUAGAACUAUACGCAGAUCAUCGUCGUUGUCAUCACCGCCACCGCGCUUCGAUCACCCUGAAUUGAAGCCUCUACCAUUUAAACUAGGCAAAUCUGACAGCACUGAAGAGCAAAAUAAGAAGACAACAGCUGCUGUAUUAAAACUCACAUCAGAACAAGUGGAGAUGUUGAGGAAGAAGGCUAAUGAAAAUGAAAACCUAUCAACAAAGCAAGGGUCAAGAUCAAGACCUUGUAGCAGAUUUGAAGCUGUGGCUGCACACAUAUGGAGAUGUGCAUGCAAGGCUCGUGAACUAGAUCGCAAUCAACCAACUCUUGUUCGGUUCAACGCCGAUUUUCGCAAUAGACUAACCCCUCCUCUCCCGAGAAAUUAUUUUGGGAAUGCAUUGGCGGCGACAGUGACACCAGAAUGUUAUGCUGGAGAAAUCACAUCGAAACCGUUGAGCUAUGCCGCCCGGAAAAUGAGAGAAGCGGUUGAAAUGCUCAAGGAAGAAUAUAUAAGUUCACAGUUAGAUAUUGCGUUGGGUGAGGAGCAAUUGGAGUCCAUAAAGGCUUUGUUCUCGAGACAAGGAGAGCGUAGGAAUGCCCCUUUUGCAGGGAACCCUAACCUUCAAAUCACGAGCUGGAUAAACAUUCCACUGUAUGAAGCAGAUUUUGGCUGGGGAAAGCCUGAGCAUUUUGUUCUGGGAUAUGUGUGUCCGUUUGACAGGGGGAUUAUUAUUCAAGGUCCAGAAAAUGAUGGUUCUGUCAUUGUCAUCAUGUAUUUCCAGAUAUCACAUAUGCAACUCUUUAAGAAAUUCUUCUACGAGGAUGUAUUCACUUCAAGGUUGUAAUUCCUGGUUGUUGCAGAUUGAUCCAUGAGGAUCAAUGUUGAUUCACAUCAAGCUUCUUUUGUGUUAUAAUUAUAAUAAAUGAAUGGGUUAAUUAUGUUUUUGUUUCAUAAA